AUGUCCAUGUUCACAACAGAACAGAUACUAAGGUUUAUAAGGCGGUGCCACAUGAAAUGGGGUGACUUCAUAACGCUGUGUAAGGAGCUCAGAAGAAUAAAAGUGGCCUGCCUCAAAGGAGAGCAGAAAGUCCGGCGGCCAUGGUGGGUUCCAUCCUGCCUUUCAGUAGUGCUUGUGAACGUAGCAAAGCGGAACAGACAAUCACGGGUUGUUUCCUUGAAGCUGGAACCAUGA